CACUGAACUCCCACUUUCACAGUCCAAACGGCUGCACAGUUCACAUUUUUAAGUGUAUUUUGGUUAAAUAUUGCAAUGCAGAAACUGCUCUCAGCACUGCUUAAAUCUUUGCUUGCUACUUCCUCAGAUACAUUUUAUAUGUGUGUUAUAUGUCCACUUUUUGUGGGGUUAAGCACAUCCCCAAACAAGCUUUGUGGCUUUAGGCUAGGUUGGAAAUGAAGGUAUCUCAGGCAGAAUUACUAACUGGUUUGACAAGCGUUUGCAAAGCAAAGAGCUCAAAGCGGGAAAAUGGUGGUUGUCCCUAGAGGCACUUAUCUUCUCAUCUCAAUAUAUUUGACCAAGUUUAAAAAGGCUCAAAUGUUUCCCUGUACCACGCACUGUAAAGGUAGAGGUUAGCUUUGAUUCACAUUUUUUGUUUAAUUAUGCAACUCCUGUCUUUCGUUAUCUGUACGACUUGAAGUACCAUCAGUUUUUUUUAUCACUCCCUCACCCAGUACAGCUCCUCCAAAAGUUUUUACUUUGCUUUUUUUGGCUCGGCUAAGGUAAAGGGGAAAAAAAAGUAAUUAGUAGUGUAACGGACCACGGUUGAUCAGUUCGGAAUGCAUGUGAAUUGCAGAUUAAUGGCAAAGUUUACAUAUUGUUUUAAAGUACAGUUUGUCACAUGUAUGGGAGCCUUUAGGCUUCCCAGAUACAUCUACAGGGACCGGCCCUUAAAAACAGUGUCUUCCACUAAAUUGAUUCAGUCAGUGGGGGUAGCGCUGGUGCACCUGCACUGCUCACAGUUUGCGCUCUUGUGCAACAGAGGACAAAUGACAGUGUACAGACUAGAGAGUAAAAAGAAUAGUUCUCUUGUGUGAGAGAACGAAAGUGUAUGCCAUUUGUGGUUAUGCAAACAGCUACAGCUAUGACGUCUCACUGCUGGCUGGGCGAUAUGGGAAAAAAUCGUAUCAUGCUAAAUUUUUUCCGCAUCACUUGAUUUCGAUAUAUAUUACGAUAUAGAUCAAAUCACUAUUUCUGCCAUAGCUAUUUCAGAUGGUAAAAAAGAUAAGUGGUAUAACCUCUUUGCGGAAACCUUCAACACAAUUUCGCAGUGCUUGCUUCUCUGCUUCAUGUCGGACUUUAAAUACCCAAAAUAUCUCCACAUCACUGAAUUCUUCUGACCCUUAUUUUCAGCAAUGUCGUCGUCUUUUGAGCCUUUGGCUGUGUACGUUAGGGAGUGUUCUUCGGUAACACUGUCGCUCAAGUUUUGGUAAACAUUUUCUGUCGGCAUUUUCUCUUUUAGCUCACGCCAACUCCGGGCGUGCUGUUGUGCACAGCAGCUGUAGCCAAAACAGUAGCAUGUGUGCUGCUGCCAGCUGCUACUCCUACGCUCUAUGUUCUGUGCGUUGCGCGGCGCUAUUCUCAUUAUCAUUGGCGCUUCGUGUUUUUUGUCAAAACAUACAUGGAAUGAGUUAUACCGACGUUGUAUCGACCAUGUCUUGUUUUUCUAUCGAGGAAUUGUUAUUUCGAUAAAUAUAUAACUAUUUUUAUCGUCUUAUCGCCCAGCCCUAUGUAGCGAUAUAAAUUGGAAGUUGGCGGACCACCACAGUCUAGAUUAUAAAUGGGGAAAUACUGAAGACAAAACAAUAAUAGGUUAUUUUUUAUUUACUGUCCUGUUGCAAUUUAAUAUUAAGUAUUUUGUUUUAAAACUUGAUUUAAACAUUGACGCCUUGAGAGUAUAACAGUUCUUAAAUAAAUAAAUCAAUUUAUAUUUGUCUCCCUUUUUCUUCCAUUAGCAAAAGAAAAAGAUCCGAUCCUUGACUAAAAACCAUGAUCUGAUCCGAACUGUGAGUUUUGAGCUCUGUUGCACUGCUACUAGUUAAAUACAUCUGUAUUUUGCUUUACUACUACAAGGAUAUAUGACGUUUGGUAUACUUUGUAAGGGGUGGUUGUUUGGUUUCCUGGGAGUAUACUGUGGUUGAGAGAGAAAGAUGAUGCCAGGUUUAGGGGCCUGGGCACUGGGACCAGUGGUUGGAAGAGAGUGGUGAGAGGAAAUCCCUGUAAGCACUUAGCCCUGAGUAAGGAGAUGAGGGGGGUGGGGGGGUGACACACUGAAGCCCCUCUGGUAAUAAACGCCCCUUAACCCCACAAUCACACUCCCAACCCUACCCUCCCUUCUCUAUGUGCCUCAAUCUUCCUGCUUAACCAAUUGGUGUUUCUUUUUUACAGCGAUUUGAUCCUGCCCAUGUUGUGCUGAUGGUAAACUUAGUGGACGCACCGACCCUGUGCCCAUUACCCUCAAAUAUGAUGUCAUGGGGAUGGGACGGAUGGAGAUGGAGCUGGACUAUGCAGAGGACGCCACAGAGAAGAGAAGAGUCCUGGAAGUUGAGAAGGAGGAUACAGAGGAGCUGCGGCAAAAAUACAAGGACCAGGUGGAAAAGGAGAAAGCCAUUGCAAAGGCUCUGGAAGACCUGAGAGCCAACUUCUACUGUGAGCUAUGUGACAAACAGUACACCAAGCACCAGGAAUUUGACAACCACAUUAACUCUUAUGACCACGCUCACAAGCAGAGGCUUAAAGAGCUGAAGCAAAGAGAAUUUGCUCGUAAUGUGUCCUCACGUUCACGAAAGGGUGGAAAGAAGCAAGAAAAGAUGCUACGCCGAUUACACGAGCUGGCUGAGCAGAGGAAACUCCAGGAUCGUACUCCAGGAAGUGGGCCCAUGUUCAAACCGACCACAGUGGUUGUGGAUGGAGAGAAUGCAGAAGAUGGUGAUAACAUGAUGCCCGAGAACCCUGCUUUGACAGAAGGGGCCCUUGAAGAAUCAUUGACAGAAAAAAGUGGGCAAACCUCCCCGAAGCCUGGCCCAGCCAUCAGCUUCUCUCUAGGAAAGAACAGCUCCUCAUCCCCGACCCCAAGUGGUUCGUCAAAAGUCAGUGUUUCCUUCUGUUUUGCCAAGAAAGCUCCAGUAAAGCUGGACACGGCGGCUGCAGUGUUCGCUGAUCAUGGUGAGGAGGCUAUGGAGGAAGACGAGAACCAGGAAGGGGAAAAGACAGCAGAACAAGAGGAGAUGACUGGCUGCGGAGCAGAAAGCCCGAAAGAAAUAUCAAUAGGGGUUGAAGUAGCCGAGGUUGGUGAUCCAGCAGGGAUGGAAGAGGUGGAGCAGCCUGACGAUGGAGGCUCUCUAGCCUCCACACUCAACAAACUGAAGAUGAUGAUGAAAAAAGAGGAAGGAUAUGCUGGACAGGAGCCUCAGUACUAUCACUAUGUACCUCCAGCUCACUGCCGGGUAAAACCUCACUUUCAGUUUUUGCUGUUCAUGAAAGCCACUGAUCAGUCUCUGAUCAAAGAAGAAGAAGAAGAAGAAGACGAUGAUGAUGAUGAUGACGAUGAUGAUGAUGAUGAGGAAGAGGGGCCAGAGGAAAAAAAGGGUGAAGAUUGUCCUGAACAGACAGAAUCCAAUGCAGAUUGUAAGACUGAUCAAGAACAAGAUCAUGAACUAAAUCAAGAACCAGGAGAUGCCCCUCCAGCUCCUGUCCCAGACCAAACUCCUCUUUCGCCUAACGUGCAGACAGAGGAGGUUUCUUCAUGCGCAGUAGACACAGCUUCUAUGGUACCUACUUCACCUAUACAAAAACCAGAGAGCACACAGGAAAUUCCAGAUUCAAAUUCAGGCCCUAAAAUCCCCACUGGACCCUUCUUCCCAGUUCUUAGCAAAGAUGAAAGCACGACCCUGCAGUGGCCCUCUGAGCUCCUCGAAUUCACAAAAGCUCAGCCUUCCCUGUCUUACAGUUGUAAUCCUCUCUACUUUGACUUCAAGCUAUCCCGCAACAAAGGAGCGCGUGGUGGUAAAGCAGCAAAGUCCACAAAGCCUGAAGAAUCUGAUGACAAGGGACAAGAGGUAGCGACCUCAACAGCGGAAGUAGAUUCAACAACCAAACCUGGGACCAGCACUGGUAAAGAUAAGCCAUUGACUAAGGGAGAACCUGGUAAAUCAGAAGGUGAUCAGCCAAAGCCUGCAACUGACAGCAGUAGUGUCAAGAAAAAAAAGAAAAAGAAGAAGCAUAAGAAGUCUGCGAAGCACUCAAAACACAAAGAAAAAGCAGCAGCAGCAGCAGAAGGUGCUGAAGGAGUGACGGAGGCAACACAAGAAAAGCCCAAAAAGAAAAAAAAACACAAACGGAAGAAAAGCAAAAACAAAGCUCCUGAUCAGGAUGAGGCAACAGGUGAUGAAAAAGAUAAAACAAAACCAAAGUCAGAAGAUAAAGCUGUUUCCUCCUCCGUUCAGCUGACACCUGCAGGGGGAGGAGCUACAGGAAAUACAGGAGUUGAGCUGGGGAAGAGGAAACGUGCUACUAAGGAAGUGCCUUCCAAGUCUGGAGCUGAGGAGGGAGUAACCAGAAAAGGUACCGAUAAGGCCAAUGCUUCAGAGGAGCACAGUGGCCCCAAGAGACAAAAGACCGACUCCAGUGCAUCGCAAAGUGCCUCCUGCUCCACCUCAGCCAAGAAGAGUCCUGGUCCAGGUAGACCCCCUAGCAGUGAGAGUGAAGAAGAAGGCGGCUCAAACACUCAGCGCUCUCGUCAUCACAGGUCAAGUCCCCGGGAACAACGCCGCCACCGUAGUGAGGAAUCAGGGCGGUCCCGUAGUCGUUCAUCAAGACGAGGGGAUAGACGUGGCAACAGUCGUCGGCGCCAUCGUGGCCAAACCUCCCACAGUCACUCAGACUCCAGCAGCUCGGAGCGCUCCUCAGCAGGCAGCAGUGCCUACAGCCACCGUAGCCGCAGCUACUCUGACAGCUACAGUGACUACAGCAAAGAGGGGCGCAGACGGCGGCGCAAGCGUUCGUCAGAGUCAGAGUACGAGCGGAGAGGUAGCCGAGGGCGCAGACGAUCUAGGAGACACCAGCACUCCUCUUCUUCCUCAGAUGACUCUCGCUCACGUUCACGCAGCUACAGCCGCAGAAAAAGGCACCGACGGCACCAUCGGAGCAGUUCAAGAAGCUCCAGCAGCUGGAGCCGCAGCACCAGCGCAAGAUCCCGGAGGCGCAGCUACAGCCGAAGCCACAGCUCAGCCAGCCGCUCAUCCAGCUCCGCCAAAGUCUCCCCUCAACGACGAGGCCCUAGGGGUCGAGGUGACAGUGACGCACAACGCAGAGACUUUAACCGCUCAAACAUCUACCGCUCCCAGUCUCCACGUUCAUCUUCAUCAAGAGGCCUUAACCGCAAGACCCAUUCAUCCAGCUCACAGGCUCUGAGGCCUGGAGGAUCCAGAGAUGCAGGAGAACAGAAAAACUCCCUGACAGCACGGCAACUUCUGGAGAAGAUUCAGUCCAAAAAAAGUUCAAAUGAUUCUGGCACUGGAACAAAAACUGGUCUCAAGAUUAAAGACCCUCCUCAGGGCUACUUUGGUCCAAAACUACCCCCGAUCCUGGGAAGUAAAGCACUGCUUCCACUUUUUGGUAAACUGCAGGCAGGGAAGAAACCAGUGAUUCCUUUAACCAGACCAGAUGAGGGACAGAAAUCAGGAACGGGGAAGGGCUCUGAGGCUGAGAGAGAAGUUAUCCUGGUAGAGCCUAUAAGAGAGUUCCCUCCUCCACCACCACCUCCAGCUCCACCAGUCCUAAAGGUUGAAGAGGCUCCACAGAGCACAGUGGUACCUGAGGAGACGCAGCAGCCCACUACAGAAGUCCAAGUGCACCAAGAACCCCUGCCAUUGUUCGAACAGGAGCCUUCCAUAAUGAUGCCUCAGUACCAAGCAGAUUCAGGACAGGACCCCUCACAGAACCCCAUGAUGGAGUCCCUCAUGCCAGAAAUGCAGCAGCAGCCCCCAAUGCACGCCUACCCUGCUUAUCCACCACCCAACCUGGAGGAGGACUGCAUGGAGGCAGAGGAGGACGGACUGGCUCCUCUAGAGAGUCAGCCCAUCACGUUCACACCGGAGGAGAUGGAGAAAUACAGCAAGCUACAGCAGGCUGCACAACAACAUAUCCAGCAGCAGCUUUUAGCCAAGCAGGUCAAGACGUUUCCCUCUGCAGCAGCAGCUGCAGCCGCCGCUGCAGCAGCAGCUGCCAACAUGGCCCCGGCUCACCCUCCACAAGCUCUGCAGCAGAUCCACAUUCAGCAGCCAACUAUGUCCUUAGCCUCCGGCACAUCAAUCACCACAAUGCAACACGCCAUCUUGCAGCACCAUGCUGCCGCCAUGGGCUUACACCCAGGACAUCAUCACCACCACCACCACCAACACCCGGCACAUGCCCAGUUGGCACAGGUACAUCACAUUCCUCAGCACCACCUCACCCCCAUCUCCCUCUCUCAAUUCGGCCACUCCCUGGGUCACACUCUGGGACACCAACUGCAACACGCUGGGCUGAUUCCUGCACACCCAACAGCCUUCCUCUCUGGUCAGCCCAUACAUAUUAUCCCUGCUUCUGCACUUCAUCACUCCCCUUUUGCUCUGCAUCACGUCCCAAACGCAGCCCUCUACCCCACACUCUUCUCACCUCGGCCCUCACAGGCCGCUGCAGCAGCAGCUCUCCAGCUCCACCCACUGCUACACCCAAUCUUUUCUGGGCAGGACCUCCAGCACCCACCUAACCAUGGCUCAUGAAAUUGAAGGAGUUAAGUCACAUCUCUGGUGAAAAGACUUUUUUUUUCUGAUGAAGUCAGACUUGCAGUCAGUGUAACGAGAUGCUCGUCAAACCACCGUUUUACAGGCCCACACAGUGCAGUAAGUUGUAGCCACAAAGUGGUGCUGCUUGUGUUGGCUUCAAAAUGGACACUAAGACUUUUCUCAUGGUUUGCCCUGUACUUUUAAAGGCAGGAGGUCAAUUUGAAGCGAUAUUCCAUGUAGGGGGAAUAUUAACACGAACCAAUUUGUUUGAAUGACGGAACAGAGAAACCACUGGAGUUUUGUUAUUUGUUUUCCAUAUAAACAUAUUAUGAUCACAGUUUUUGCUUAUAUUGGUAGCCAAAGAGAGAUGUAAUGGCUGAAGCUAUAAGCAGGAUAGGUCAGAGGAGGAAGUGGCGGAGGAGGUCAAACAGCUUAGUCUGUAAUGUAAUUUUCAUAGUGAUGAUGCUUUUUUUGUUCUCAUACGACUACUCGCUUUCUAUUGGAUCCCUGGUCUCUAAAUAAUUUGUAAUGCAGUAACUUGUACAUAUAUCAGUGUGUAAUGUGAAGAAUCCCACCAAUGAUGACCAUAUGUGAUUAUAGCUACGAUGUCCAAAUAAGCAUGACAUUGUCAUUUAGGACCCCCCCCUCUGUCUCUCUCUCCAGGGGAAAAGUAACGCAGGGGUUUUUAAUAUCCCUAAUGCUCGGAGGUAAAGAUCAUGUUCUCUGUUGUGAGGGUACACCUGAAUUAAUUGCACUGAAACCUGUACAUCAAAAUGGUGCUUUUGCAUCGUGUAACAAUAAGAUUGUAGUAUUCUGCAAUAACUGUAUUUUUCUGUUUUUAAAUUAUUUUCCAAAAUGCUCUUCAAAAGAAGGGCUGUGUUAUUUUCUCUUCCUUUGGUGUAAUUUUGUAAAUAAAACUGCUGUAGAUUAACCUAUUAACAUUCUAGAGGUUUGAAACUGCUGUGGGGAUGGGGGGGGGGGGGGGCAGGAUGACAAGUUGGAUGGAAAAUAGACUCAUGUCUUUUUCCAAGGUUAUUUCUAAAUUACCCCCCGGCUGGGAUGGAAAAGGAUAAUGAUCUGUCAAACAGUAGCAACGCUGUAUUUUAUAAAGACUUACUCUGUUUCAGCAAAUAAAACAUUGAGUUCA